AAUCAACAUUCAACGAUUCAACAAAUGAAUGAAAUAUGAAGAAAUAAAAAUCAACACUGGCACGUUUACUAUAUUUCUUUGUGUUCCUUAAUUUAUUAUGUAAAGACAUUUGAAAUCGAAUACUAGCAGUGUAGUUUGCUAUCUGCAUCAUAAUUUAAAAAAUAUAUUAAAUUUAAUAGGAAAUAAUAUAAAAGUUGAUAACCUAAAAUAAUUAAUAGAUACCUAUCCUUUACAAUGAACACCCAUUCUAUUUCUGAAGAACCUCUGAAGAAAAAAAGACGUAAAGAAAAUAAAGACGAUAAAUAUCAUACAAACAAAAAAAAAUCUCUUGGCAUAGAGAAGAAUUUGAAAAGUCAAAGGACACAUAUCCCUAAAUUUAGAUUAAAAAUAAAUGGAAAUGCUGCUGCUUUAUCAACAAUAGAAAACGAAAGAGUGCCCCUUGUUUUAACAGAUAUACAACAUUUACUUCUUCACUCUUUAUUGGGCAAUCUUAAUCUAUCACAACCACCCAGAUGGUAUGUUAUAGAUAAAUGUAAUCAUGUAAGUCAAACUACUUGCUUAAUAAUUGAGGGUAUUUCUAUCAAGCACUGGGAACAAUACAAAGAAAAGAUGAUAAAUAUCAAUAGAAUAUGUGAAGAUUUUGUGGAAAUACUCACACCAUCAGUGUACAAUGGUUCUUUGGUAAAAGAACUAGCAUUAGUACCACUGUCUGAAACAGAAAAAGAAGCAAUAAUUCAAAAAUAUGGAAGUAUGAAUUUAGCACUUGAUAUAAGGAAAGACCUUAUGGUUAUGAUGAAAGCUGUGUUUCCAAUUAAUGAUUCAUUUAGUGAAAUUAAUUAUAAGGAGUCUAAAGAUCAAUUCCCUAGAACACAACUAAUUUUGUCAACUUGGCAGCUUAUAGAAGAAAAUUAUCCAGUUCCUCUCAAAGGAAAACUAAAGAAUAUUUAUUCUGACUAUGUUCUGUCUAAAGAUGAAUACAAAUCUGUUACACCAGACUCACCCAUGUUUGGCCUAGAUUGUGAAAUGUGUAUUACUAAUGUGGGAUCUGAACUGACUCGAGUAUCUGUUGUCAAUGAAAAACAUGAAGUUGUAUAUGAAUCAUUAGUAAAACCUUACAAUAAUAUAACAGAUUAUUUAACUAGGUUUUCAGGUAUUACAAAAUCAAAAUUAGAAAAUGUCACCAAAAGAUUAGAAGAUGUUCAAAAGGAUCUGCAACAGUUAUUACCUCCUGAUGCUAUUUUAGUUGGUCAAUCACUUAAUCUUGAUUUACAUGCUUUGAAGAUGAUGCAUCCCUAUGUCAUUGAUACAAGUCUUAUAUAUAAUUUCACUGGAGAGAGAACACGAAAACCAAAAUUAAAAACAUUAGCUAAAGAAUUUUUGAAUGAAGACAUUCAAUCAAAUAAAAAUGGCCAUUGUUCUGUUGAAGAUUCUUUAGCGUCACUUAAACUAGUUCAGUUGAAGCUUAGUAAAAAUAUAGAAUUUGGUGAUGCGGUGCAUACUAAUAGACAAAGUUACAAAGAAAAUAUUAUUAAAAUGACAACUAAACCUGAAUAUGCCUUAUCAAUAUUCAACCAUAUUAUUGAACAAAGAAAAACCUCAUUAGUGGUAGGUUGUGAUAAUAUUACUGGAGACUAUCAUACCUACUUAACACAAGCAAAAGACAGUUUGAGUGCUCAAUUAAAAAAGGGUAAACCAAAAAAGGUUAAACUGAAUACAGUUGACACAGUUGAGGAUGUCAUAUCAACUGUUAGUAACGCUGUAAAUGAUUAUAAUUUUGUUAUGGCUCAUUUAAAACUAGAUCAAACAGAUGUUCAAUUAAAUGAUAUGUCCAAUGUUGAUAAGUGGGUUGAAACUAUUUGGAAUAGUCUUAAACAGUCUGCACUGUUUGUUAUUGUAUUUGGUGGUACUGCUACAGACAAUGGGGUAGCAAUGAUAAAAGUUAAAAAUAAUAAAACAUUGUAAAUAAAAUUUAAGUUUCACCAUGUA